AUUAAGCCGUGACAUUGACGCGCCCGGCGCCUCCCCUCCCCCGCGCUCCCGGCACACUCUGGGCUGCUCGGCACGCCCCCUCCCGUUCCACUGGGUCCCGCGCGGCGCGCUCAUCCCCGAGGGGCCCCUGCAACCUCCCCGCGCGAAGACGGCCCCAGCCUGCAGGGAAAGCAAAGUAACUGCGCUUUUGCCGGAGGAACCAGGAAGGAUUAAGCGGCCUGGGAGAGGGCUGGAGAGCGAGGAGGGUAGCGAUGGGGGCUUCAGGCAGGAGGAGGAGGGGAGUCUGCAGAAUCCCCGAGGAAGGCGCCUGGGAUGUCUGAUUGCACUUUCUUCUUGUCCUCCCGUCUCCUCCUUUAGGUGCAUCGGUUGUGGACUGAGACGUUCUCCGGCAGAGACCAUGUAAUCGCUUGGGUGUCUGCAGAGGUCUGAGCUCGGGCGAGGAAGAGGAGGGAUCGGCUCGCUCUUGGGCGACUCGGCAGGCGGAGUUUCGCGGCGGCGGCGGCGGCACCAGGGUUGUGCCCGCCCGCCUGCGGGGAGGUCGUUCCAUCCAGCCGCGAGAGGAGAGCCGGAGCACCCGAGGGCGGGAGUCGGCGGAGGUGAGGGAGAGCUAGACCGAGCUCCUCCAGCGCCAGGGCACGAGGGAGCCCGGGAGGAGGCGAGCGGCUGUCGCGGACGAUCCGAGUGCGCUCCCCGCCCGCCCCGGCGGCAUGGAGAAGGACGGCCUGAGCCGAGCCGACCAGCAGUAUGAGUGCGUGGCCGAGAUCGGGGAGGGCGCCUAUGGGAAGGUGUUCAAGGCCCGGGACCUGAAGAACGGCGGCCGUUUCGUGGCGCUGAAGCGCGUGCGGGUGCAGACGAGCGAAGAGGGGAUGCCGCUCUCCACCAUCCGCGAGGUGGCGGUGCUGAGGCACCUGGAAACCUUCGAGCACCCCAACGUGGUCAGGCUGUUUGAUGUGUGCACAGUGUCACGAACAGAUAGAGAAACCAAACUAACAUUAGUGUUUGAACAUGUUGAUCAAGACUUGACUACGUAUUUGGAUAAAGUUCCAGAUCCUGGAGUGCCCACUGAAACCAUAAAGGAUAUGAUGUUUCAGCUUCUCCGUGGUCUGGACUUUCUUCAUUCUCACCGAGUAGUGCAUCGUGAUCUGAAACCACAGAACAUUUUGGUGACCAGCAGUGGACAAAUAAAGUUGGCUGACUUUGGUCUUGCCCGCAUCUACAGUUUUCAAAUGGCUCUUACCUCAGUGGUCGUCACGCUGUGGUACAGAGCUCCAGAAGUCUUGCUUCAGUCCAGCUAUGCCACCCCAGUGGAUCUCUGGAGUGUUGGCUGCAUAUUUGCAGAAAUGUUUCGUAGAAAGCCUCUUUUUCGUGGAAGUUCAGAUGUUGACCAACUAGGAAAAAUCUUGGACGUAAUUGGACUCCCAGGAGAAGAAGACUGGCCUAGAGAUGUUGCUCUUCCCCGACAGGCUUUUAAUUCCAAAUCUCCUCAACCAAUUGAGAAGUUUGUAGCAGAUAUUGAUGAACUAGGCAAAGACCUACUGCUGAAGUGCUUAACAUUUAAUCCAGCCAAAAGAAUAUCUGCCUAUGGUGCCCUUUCGCAUCCAUACUUCCAUGACCUGGAGAGGUUCAAGGAGAACCUGGAUUCCCAUCUGCCACCCAGCCAGAACAGCUCAGAGAUGACGACAGUUUGAGGUCCCAGCUGCUACCUCAAGCUGGUCUUCCAGAAAACCCACUGAUGGCUGAUGGGGUCACCCUCGUAAGCCUUACAGAGCUGUUGAGGAUCACUAGCUGGAGACCUUCUAGCUGCCACCUGUCUGCUGGAUGGGCUCUGCUUCUCCAAGGAAACCACCUAGUUUACUGUUUUGAAAUCAAUGCAAGUGUGAUUGCAGCUUUAUGUUUAUUCGUGUGUCUGUUCGUCUAUCUGUUUGUUUCAAGAACCUGGAAAAAUUCCAGAGGAAGAGAAGCUGCUGACAAAUUGUGCUGCCAUUUCAUUUUUCUAAACCUUGAAUGCUGCCAGUGUGAAGUGAGCAAUCCAGGCACAGCUGAGUUAUGAUGUAAUCUCUCUGCAGCUGCCAGAGCCUGAUUUGGUACUUUUGGACUGAGUGUGUGUGUGUGUGUGUGUGUGUGUGUGUGUGUGUGUGUGUGUGUGUUGCUCUCUUAAAGUGUGGCUUUCUGUAAACAACCAGAAUAAUUGACUUGUAAAGAUGCAAAGUGACCGAUAAAUAGCCAGCAUCUGUUGACUGAAGGUGAUUCAACAUAACAGGCUUCUCAAGCUAGAAACUUGAGCCUAUGUCCUGAGCAUUUCUUUUCUGGCCAAAACCAGUAAAAUCAUUAGUAAAAAGCUCACUAGAAGAAGUUUUAUAUGCAACAAAAAGAAAAAAAUUCUAGUAUCUUUCAGGAUUUGGGACUUUUUUGUAAGACCAUUUAC